CAACACCCUGUUUCCUCUGAGAUGAAGAAUACCAAUCCUGUAUCAACUCGCUCAACGGCCAUAGGAAUCAAAUCCAUUGCAUUCUUAUCAGUUACAAACACUCUUUGAUCUUUCCCUGUUUGUUUCUGAAAUGUACCACUGCAGCCGGAGACUGCAAUCGACGUUUACCCGGGUCCGACUCCAUCAUCAUCAACAACAACAACAACAACGACAACGACAACCAUUUUGUUCCAAAUCCCGCCACGAUGGUCUGAGCUCGUACGAUGAGUCGUUGAAGAAGCUCGACAAAUUGGACUUCGCCACUGCCGCCAAAAUGCUCUUCACUGAGCCGCCCCCCAAAAACAAGAAAUUUGGGCUUGAUUUUCAUUUGGUACAACUAUUCUUUGCUUGUAUGCCUUCCUUUGCUGUAUAUCUGGUGGCUCAGUAUGCUCGCUAUGAGAUGAGAAAAAUGGAAGCAGAUCAGGAGCAGAAAAGGAAGAAAGAGGAAGAAGAAGAGAAAGUAAAAGAAAUAGAACUAAGUGCUGCUAAAGAAAAAGAAGCAAGAUCCGCUCCAGAGAUUUUGGAGGUGAGAGAGAGAUUAGAAAAACUUGAAGAAGCUGUGAAGGAAAUUGCGGUGGAGUCAAAGAAGCAUAUGGUAAAUGACCAAGCAAAAGGCCAUGAGGGUGACAUCCCAAAGAAAAGUAUGGGAACAGAGGCAAGUACCCUGAAUAGUUCAGAAUCUAGCAGGCCAGUUGAGAAAGACCCCCUCAAACAGGAUUCUGUAGAGCCAAAGCCAGCUGCAGGCAAAAAUGGGUUAAGUGGGUCAGCAAAAGCUCCUAAUGCUUCUCCAGAGAAAACGAUUCAGGAUGGUGGGCCGUCUGAAGAUGCUAAAACAUGAAGAAAACUUGUUACAGUGCUUUAUUGUCCAUGAUUUUGUGAGUAGCGUUGGCAACAGGGUACACAGUAAUUGAACAGUUUGAAUUGAUUUGUAGGUAUGAUGCAACUUCAAUGUACUUGCUUGUUCGACCUUUCUGCUUGCAAGGUGGGAGAAAGUAGUUAGUUUACCACUUUCCCCGAGCAUGGAUUCACUGGAAUUGUGUUGAAGUCUGUUGGGACA